GGGAAAUGUCUCGCCCUAUGCAAUGCGAGGGGCGGCGCAUAGAUCAUGCGCAGAGUGAGCUGAGAUCAGACACAACCACUGCUAUGAUAGGACACGGACCGCAUAUCGCACGUUUAAUUGCACAUUUGGGACAAAGGGAGACGCAGUCAGACCAUCGUGCGUUCUCUUGCCGAUCGUAUUUGUUCUGGACGAGAACAGUAACAAGAGAUGACUCCAAAGGUCCCGCGGACCGUGUAUGCACUAGAUGACAAACCUUUGGGAAGUAAUAACCGAAAUGUGCAGGGGCAGGACCGAGCAGCUGAGUCCGGCGGACGAGUUGCCAGACGAUGCCUGCCUUGCUGCAAAGGAAGCCCGGUGGUCGUCUCUCGACUAGCGACUUGCCACGCAUCGAUCGAUGCCUCGCAGUAAGACGCCGGCGCCGGGCUUAUCCUUCCCCUCUUUUCCGGAGCAGAAUCGGCCAAGACACAGGAUGGCGGGCGGCGAGCAAGACUCAACUCGUAACCAGAUCUUCCCAGCCAGCGACGAAGGCAGGGCAUCAAACUAGUCUUCCUGUUGUGGUGGAUCGUGGAAGCUGUCCGCUGUUACUUACUCGAAGUAUCAUCAUCCCCACUUUGAACACUCUUGACCUCAGAGCGGCCGGAAGCGCGGUUGCAUCUCAUCGUGGAAAUCGCGAGUGGACUACGAUGAUGUCAGCUUCCGAGCCUAGCUCAGUCACGGCUCCAUUCUUGAAUCGCAACCAUCAAGCAUCGUUGCUGAGCGAACGAGAUGGUGAGAUGGGCUCAAAGGUGCAUUUCCGGGAACUGGCUAUUUGUGGGGAAAGAUCAAAAGCCCACUUAGUUAAGAAGGCCGGCAGGAACGGCAAAAUACGAGGGUGUGGUCUGGUCGGGGCGGCCGAAUCACAUCGAAAGGGCGGGAUUCGAUCUUGCGCGCCGUUAGUAUGAUUGCUGGAGUGGCGGAAUCAACAUGAGCUUGAAGCCCAACCCUUUUUGGGCAAUGGAUGCCCAAAAGCCGGCAUUGAGGGGGAUUUGGUUUCUGAUGGUGGUAUUUGCUCUGUUGCGUGCUAGACUCUUGGAAAAUAGAGGCGUCUGGCUUAGUAUAAUGGCUUUGAGCCAAGCUGCGUGGGCGGCGAAGAAGCAGCCGACGCGUGCUUCUUAGCGUGCAAACGACCGGUAGAACAUCAAGGAAACGUUACA